AUGGGCGAAGAUUAUCAUAUGGUUGAUCGUGCCAGCCAUAGCCUGUCGACUGUUCAAUUGGACGUCUUCCUACGUGGGCUCAGACAUGAGAAGCCCGCCCUGCCCUUUGAGCCCACCGCUUGGGAGGCUCAAGCUGAGGCGGUUCUCGGUUCGAAUGCGUGGGGCUAUGUCCACGGGAAUGCUGGCCUUGGACAGUCCUACGACAACAAUCGAAAGGCUUUCAAUAAAUGGGCAUUUAUCCCCCGGAGACUGAUUUCGGCUCCACUCCCAGACCUCGGUGUUAAGCUGUUUGGUCGAGAGUACGCGUCCCCCUUGGCCAUUGCUCCUGUCGGCGUACAGAGGAUUUUCAAUGAAGAAGGAGAGCUUGCGACCGCGCGUGCAUGUGCAAAAGAACACGUCCCGUUUCUCCUGAGCACCGGCGCCAGUGUAGGCAUUGAGGCAGCAGCGGAGGCGAAUGGUAACGGGCACCGCUGGUUCCAACUCUACUGGCCUGACAACAAGCACAAUCACUUCACGGCCAGCCUCCUCUCUCGUGCCAAGAACAACGGUUACGAGGUACUUGUGGUGACGCUGGAUACCUUCGCUCUUGGAUGGCGUGCCCGCGAAAUGGACAAUGGCUACAGUCCUUUCUUGCGGCCCGAUUCAAUCGGCGUGGCCACUGGUUUCACAGACCCGCUCUUCCGUAAGACCUUCAAGGAAACGUAUGGCAAGGACAUUGAGGACGACCAAGGCAAAGCCGCACAUGAGUGGAUCAACAUCUUCAUGCCCGGACGCUCGCACGCUUGGGAAGACCUCGCCUUCCUGAAGGAUCAUUGGGACGGGCCCAUCGUUCUCAAAGGCAUCCAGAGUGUCAAAGAUGCGAGGCUGGCUGGUGAACACGGCAUGCACGGCAUUGUCGUGUCGAACCAUGGAGGUAGGCAGUGUGAUGGAGGGGUGGCAUCGCUGGACAGCCUUCCCGAGAUCGUGGCUGCUGUGGGUGACAAGCUGGAGGUUCUUUUCGAUUCGGGCAUACGUUGCGGAGCCGACAUUGCCAAAGCACUGGCGCUAGGUGCGAAGAUGGUCUUGAUCGGUAGACCCUUCGUAUGGGGCCUGGCGAUGGCCGGAGAAGAUGGUGUUCGCCACGUCCUCAGAGCACUACUGGGGGAUCUCACCAUGACUCUCCACCUGACGGGCAUUCCAUCUGUGAAACAAAAGGAUUUGAACACGAGUAUCUUGCGGAGGCAAUGUUAG